CAAUUUCGUCGACGCCCCCCUGCCUAGUGCGCGUACCAUCAAUGGCACUGAUACUGGUGCUGAUCGAGGCUCUGCCAUGAGCGUCGCAAUCCAGAUGCAGCGUAACAAUACUGAACCAGAGCUCGACGGCUUGGUCAAGCGCUUUUCAAAACGAAUCUACUGCAAAAAGAAGUAAAACCUCGGAAAAACCUCCGGAGGAUGCGGCCCAGACCGAAGACGGAUGGGUAUGGAUUCUAUACAAGAUAAGACACCCGGGCAUGACAGGCGAAGACAUCGAGCAAUUGGAGCAAGAGGUGAUCGGGUAACUUUCUUCCGUGCAGAGGCAGAAAGGGAUCGGUGGCUAGAACAGUGGGAAAUCAAGAUCGCCGAGUUCUUGAGGUGCAUUCGGAGCCCUGGCCAAUACGCGGUGACAUGGAAGGUCCUCGCUUCGACAAAUAAGUCACUCGGAUUCAGGCAGUACGCUUUAGAGAAAGCCAAUAUGUACAUGAUGUUAGGAGCGAGGGCAAAGCAAGAAUUCGAGACGUUGGGGUAUGGGAACGUGCUGAACUGACCAGCAGAUCAGACAUUGGAAGAUUUCAUGGUAGCACAGCGACAGCAGUAUGAAGAUGAACCAGAUGAUUGGGAGG